AUGAGAAGGAAGCAGAAGCCUCUAGUCAAUCUACUCUUUUUCGCUGCUGUGCUCUUUGCCAUCCUCUUCCUCAAUCAUUCCCAUUCACCGGAAAAGGCCUUCGCAUGGACAAGAAUCCGGUACAAAUCAUCCGCGGCAUCGCUUCCCCCAGCUCGUGGCAUCUGUCCGGGAUUGUCUCCUGCUAAACCGGCUCUUGUCGUGGCUCGAAUCCAUGCUGAUGUUGAUCCUGAAUGGCUCAAUACGAUCUCGGAUAGAUACCAUCUCUGCGUGUACACUGCAGACGCACCGGAGGACUCGGGCUCGGUGGAUCUGCAAGUCCCUGCGAAUCGAGGCCAUGAAGCCAUGGCGUUUCUGACGUUCAUCAUCGACAAUUACGACACCAUCCCGGCAGCCGGAGCCGUCUUUGUGCACGGUUCGCGAUUCUCGUGGCAUAACGACAGUCCUGACUACGACAACUUAGCCCUGCUUCAGUCUCUCAAUAUAUCUGCCGCGUUGGCGCCGGUGGGCUAUCACAAUCUACGCUGCGACUGGAGCGCCAGUACCUGCGAGCAAUCUAAGGCGCCUCCUCAAGGGAGCCUGGAGACCUCCUUCCGCGCUGUGCUGCAACCAUAUGAUCCCAGGGUGAUCUCUGACAGCGCUUUGCCACGCUCACUGGCCGUAUUGUUCGGAGGGGACGCACCUGAGGCCGCCACAACGGGUGGGGAGGUAUUUCUGGGUCGCGGUGAUGCGGUACGAUCUCAAUGCUGUGCGCAAUUCGUUGUCGCUCGCGAAAAUAUACGGCGUCAUACACGUGACGAGUACAUUGCUUUGCGACAGUGGUUGCUCGAUGGCGCCCCCAGCCACCUGAACCCUCGCCAGAGAACGCUCAACAAGAAUGCUGCGCCCCGCGACGACCGCGUUGCUGGUCGCAUCGUGUCAUACCUUUGGCACAUUUUGUUCAUCCAACAGACAGUUUCCGCAGAUCAGGGCCGGGAUGCCAGCACAAUAGAUUUACAGCAACUGAAUCACCUUGCCUGUCCUCGGGCGGAUGACUGUUAUUGCCGCUUGUACGGCCGUUGCAAUCUCCCCGGCUGCGGCACUCCCGGCCGCUGUGCUGGUCAAUAUCGGAUACCACCUGACUUUAAGCUCCCAGCCGAUUGGGCAGCUUCUCAUGCAUAG